AGAAUAUGACAACGAAUUUGUUUUUUCAUCACGAUAACAUGCAUCGAUUUACAAAUCUAGUGUUCAUCCUUCUCGAUGGAUUGAGUUAUUAAAGGAAAGGAUCUCAAUACGCCAUUAUUGAUACUCAUAACUGUUGCUAUGCAACGCAAGCAAUCCUUUAGGAUAGGAUUACAAGCAAAUAAUAUAAAACAAAUAAAGACAGAAUCACAAUAGAGGCAGUUAAUUUAUUCUGCACGUACAGACAGGUGGUGUUUCUUUUUUGACAGCUUUCUUUCAAUAACAGCGAGGGUUUAUCAUUUUUUUUUUCAAAGGGUUUUUUUUCAAAGGGUUUAGCUUUCGUUUGAAAUUUGAGUUUAACAUAGCUGGAAAACAAUUCGUGGAAAAUUGUGAUUUUUCUUUUACACAAUUGUUAUCACGGGAAAGUCUGUAUGAAUUCACCAGCGUUAGUUAAUGCCACGAGCGUCCAGAAUUCAAAUGGCACUGACAAAUGGCAGCUGCCCCACUAUGUACCUCUCCGCGCCAUUCAAGCACCUUCCAUUCUUCUCGCUGUUGCGAUAUUAUUUGGCAAUGCUCUUGUCAUCGCAUCCUACAAGAUUAACUGGCGACUGAGAACUCGAACAAACGCAUUUCUCGUCAGUUUAGCCGUGUCGGAUUUCCUGGUUGGAAUUAUAUCGAUGCCGAUGUGGAUCUACAACAUCAUCAUAGUGGAUAAUGGUUCCGUUCCCUUUAAAGCCAUUUUCAAAACUUUCGAUGUCUUUUCAGCUCUGGCGUCCAUUUACCAUUUGACCGCCAUAAGUAUCGAACGUUACAUAGCCGUUUCUCGACCGUUUUAUUAUAAAAGUUUACCGUCCUUGUUUCAACGGACAAUGAUAACAUCUGCAUGGCUUGCCGCCGGCUUAUUGGCUUCUCUCUCGUCUUUUACCAUGCCAUCUGUUCUUAAAAUCCCUUGGAACAGUCGAGUAUAUGCCACUAUUAUGUUCAUCAUCGGUUUCGCAAUUCCGGCAGCCAUUAUGUUUUUUAUGUACGCGGGCGUUUUUUCAGUAGCGCGCUCACUUCUUCAGCGUAACCCGCACCACUCCCCUGGAGGUCGUCAAAGCACAGGAAGCCUGAUGAGCCAAUACUAUCAGGGGGAGAGAAAAGUGGCUAUUACCGUGGCAUUCAUCACAGGUUUGUUCAUCACUACCUGGGUGCCAUUUUUUACUGUAUCUAUCAUGGCUGCCUAUUGCUUUCACUGUCUUCCUUCGUCGCCGAAAACAUUCACAUGGCUUGUUGCUAUUGUUAAGGGUGCGCACUACCUGAACAGCGGUGUGAACCCACUAGUGUAUGCUCAACGGGACAGUGAAAUGAGAAGAACAUUCCUUACUCUGUUAGGACUUAAGCGCGUCAAUCGUCGUUUGAGCGCCAAACAAGAAAAGCCAUGGGGAAUUAAACAACUGACUGGCCGCACGAUACAGUGCUAUCAUUUAGGUAGUUCUAGUGGUGCGCAGUAUCAUGUGAGUGGUACAGUUAAUGAAAUGUUUAUUAGAAUUCCUGAAAACUGUGUGGGUCACUGUAGACCGAUGGUUUCUGAGUAAGCUGCACCCUAGGUCCAGAAGUCCUGUCCAAGCUAUUCCAUUAUGUUCCUAGGUAAGACAGUUUAAUUUUACCGUGCCCUCCAAGCCCAAGAGUAUAACUGGGUAUUCGUAAGCUACUCACUUGGUUAGAACUCAAGGAGGUCAGCCCUCGGUGGAAAAGCAUGCCGUUAAGUUUAAUUGAUGAGCUCCGAUAGCAUGGACUUGGCUUGUUUACCAAUUGCAGUUAGUUUCAUCUUACUGUUUGAUCAGUAACAUGUAUUUGAGUGAUCUGAAACCUUCCGAUGAAUAAUGCGAGAACUUUGCAAAUAAGGCUGUCGAGCUGCACGUACGAAAGCGAAAUACUGUCGAACGAAGACCUUCUUAUGCAUUUUUCAUUCUCAUACAAUAUUUAUAUAGUUUUAAAUGGAGGUCCGUGGUUUAAUUACUUUUUCUGCGUUAUUUGUUCUUAAAAUAUAAAAUUUGUUUUGUAUAUCCAGCUACAACGGCCAAUUUCACCGUUUUCUUUUUAAUUAUUCCAUACUGACGAUUUCAACGAACUCCAGAAAAUGCUGUUAGUUGUAAUCAUCUGUGAUAACGUUGUAUAAGAAAACUGGUCUUCUUUAGUUUA